GGCGCUGCGUGACGUAGGAGGAAGAAGCCGCCAUUAGGGGCAGCAGAGCCGCGGCUCCCGGGCAGGUUCGGUUGCCGUGCCCGUCUCCUGCCUCUGUCUCCGCGGCCUCCCCGGUGACUCUCCUCCCCGCCCCCGCCAGCCCCUCUCCCCCGCGGGCCCUCGUCCCGGUGGGCGGCGGCGGCGCCGCGGAGCGGCCCGUUGAUGUGAGGCGCGGCUCAGCGGCGGGGCGCGGAUGGCGACGGGGGCCGGCGCGGCGGCCGGGGGCCGCAGCUUCUCCUUCAAGGUGGUGCUGCUCGGGGAGGGCUGCGUGGGGAAAACAUCGCUGGUGCUGCGCUACUGCGAAAACAAGUUCAACGACAAGCACAUCACCACCCUGCAGGCAUCUUUUCUUACGAAGAAACUAAAUAUUGGUGGAAAAAGAGUAAACCUUGCAAUAUGGGAUACAGCUGGUCAAGAGAGAUUUCAUGCAUUGGGGCCUAUCUACUACAGGGACUCUAAUGGCGCUAUUCUAGUAUACGAUAUAACAGAUGAAGACUCUUUUCAAAAGGUAAAAAACUGGGUUAAGGAAUUAAGAAAAAUGUUGGGAAAUGAAAUCUGUUUAUGUAUAGUAGGUAACAAAAUAGACUUGGAAAAAGAGAGACAUGUUUCCGUGCAAGAAGCAGAAAUGUAUGCUGAAUCUGUUGGAGCAAAACAUUAUCACACGUCAGCUAAACAGAACAAAGGAAUUGAAGAACUGUUUCUUGACCUUUGCAAAAGAAUGAUAGAAACUGCUCAAGUGGAUGAAAGAGCAAGAGGCAAUGGCUCCAGUCAGUCAGGAAUUGCAAGGCGAGGUGUACAGAUCAUUGAUGAUGAGCCACAAGUACAGAGCAGUGGAGGGUGCUGUUCUUCUGGAUAAUUAUAAAACUGUGCAUCACUGCCCUCUCAGUAUGAAGACUGCCAUAUUCCAAGUCACACAUUCUUUACCAAUGGAGUAAUAGAAUUAACAGUAUUUAAAAAUAAUCACAUGUAACACUGCAGAGACCUUAAGUGCUAAACUAGGGGCAUCUGUGACCAGAGAAUUGGCAAUUUCUACAGUGGUUAACAAAGCAAUUACCAAUGGCCUUUUUACAUAUUUUUCUUUAAUGAAGAAUAAUAUGCAUGUAGAAAAGACCUACUUAAAGGCUUCAUUUAUAUUCUUUUAAAUCAGAUCAUUAUUUAAUAACUUAUAUACAUUGUUGUUGGAAUGGUAUACGUUUUUGCAGCUCUUUGUACUUUGUGGUAGAUGGAAUUGUAUCACUUCUAAAAUGCAAAUUGAUUUUUUUUAAAUUAGCAGAUACCUGAAUUAAUAUUUUUGCAGGGCCUCCACAAGUCUAUAACUCAACUACUUUGAUAUAUUCUGUUCAUCUGUAUGCCAAGCUGAUAAAAUACAUUGUAAAUUACAUAUUAAAUAUUUUAUCUGCUUUUACAGUUGCAGGAGCAGAAAUAUGUACAUCAGUCUUGUCAGUGAUUGUGAAGUGAAUAAGUCAGUGAAAGAUACAAGCUUUUCAUGUACAGUGUUAAAUUGCUCAUUCUAUUCCCCUACCUGAAAACAGCUUUGUUUUUGGUACAUCCAUAGAUACAGCAAUUCUUUAAUCCAUUUCUGGCAAGCAGCAGUAUUUAGAGUAUCCCCUUACUGGAAGAGAAUGCUUCUGUAAAAACUGCUGUUUAACAUUGAGGUGUUUGACUUGCAGCUAAAACAGUUGGUGCAUGUACAUACCUUGCCUCUGCAGUUACUUUGUUCUCUCAGAAGAUCCCCAGAAAGUCAAAGCAACUUUAGCCCUCAUCCAUCUGGAAGCCAGUAAGCCAGAUGCAUGGGAAACUCUUUAGCUGCUCUAAUACAUUUGUUUCCAAAGACAGCAUUAUAAACUAUUCAUGAACUUAUUUUUUUCCCUGUAGGGCCUGAGUGAACAAAAUUGGCAUUAAUUAGAACUUCUAAUUUGGAGUGAUUAAAUUGAAGAUGUGAAACUUGCCAGAUGUAGCUGUAACUUUGGGGAUUCUAGGCAGAAUUGAACUUACUCCCAACUUGCUCUUUCUCCUGUGAAGUGUUUUUCAAAACUCCACUUAAGUUUCAGGAGGAGGGUUUUCAGAAAAAAAUGUGUUAACUACUAUCACAAAAGAACACAAGUGGUGGUAGCUGAAACUUCAAAAUGUUUUGUGCUUUGACUUUUUUUACUUAAGUUGUCAUGCUUGGAAAAACAGUAAAGGUGAUGUCUAUGGCAAAGUAGAAUAUCCUUGGCCUUCCUUUUUCUGAAAGGUAGAUUUAGUAUUGCAUAUGAAUGCACUGAAUGGUAUGGGUAUGUUCUGAUAAAAAAGUAGUAGUAAUGAAUUAGUCUGUGUAAGAAGUGUGCUGUCUUCAAUCUGAUUUUUAUUCUCUCUGAAAUAGAGGGCUUUGAUACAGAGUGAUCCUGGUGCAUUUUCUCCUUUUCUGCCUUAACUGUGGUGUAUAUACUUUUUCUUAGACUACCAUUGCUGUGCUCUUCUGAUGUGUUUGUGUGCAUGAUAGAGACAGGUGGUCUGUUUGUGCUAGUGAAGAUCAAGCUUCUUGGCUGUGCAGAGCUUUGGUGUGAACCUAAAAGCUGUGAUUAUAUUUGUCAACAUGUAGCAACACCAUUACCUUUCACAUCUGACAACACUGAGCUCUGACAAAGUUGAAAACAAGAUUGGUUUGAUCUAACACUGGUAUCUGACAAUCAGCCUUGUAAGUGAUACAAUAUAUGAAGAGUGAAAUUCUCAAGUCUUGAUGUUCAAGAAUGGAAUUGCCUCAGAAUAGGAGUUUCAGGGGUUUUGAUUAAAAUUUAAUUUUUUCCAUCUCUGCAAAUAAACCCCCAAGCAGCCCAGCUUCAACUAGACUUAGUUGAAGCAGCGUGUAGAAUGUAUCUUUUUGCCUGCAGCUAAAGAGUUUUUAGUGUAUUGUGUGGUAGGGGCAUCCCAUGUGACUUCUGUCAAUUGCAAAACCAACAAAGGCACGUUGAUACUAGCUCUUAAGUCCCUUAUGGAAUUAAAACUAUUACUACUGAAAACUUAGGUGGGGAUAAAGAGGUCUACAAUUUUGUAAUACUAAAAAGGUUCUGGUUGCAAUUAGUGGAAUAUUUUUUAAAAUAAAUUCUCAAGUUACUUUUCUUACUUAAGCUACAACAUAAAAAAAUACUCACUGGAAGCCUUCCUGUCUAAGCUGUGGCUUGGUUGGACUUUAUUUAUGAAAUUUAAAACUUGUGUUUGCAGGGUAUCAUCAUAUAACUGGAUGAAAGUAUAGCUUUGUGAAGUCUGGGAAGCUGGUUGAAGAUUAGACAGAGGUGAAAACAUGAAUUGUUUAGACUGAUUUACAGAAGACUUCAGCUAUUCAUAGUUAGCAGAUAAAAUAUAACAGUUCCAGGAAAAAGCAUCUUUGUCAAAGAUACCGAGAAUGUUCUUUGCACUUGAUAUACAGAAAAGCACAAAUAGCUUGGUUUUAUUGAACAGGAUCUUACUUAAAUAACCUGGUGUUACUGCUAUGUGACUUGCUUUUCAAGAGUCUUGAAUCUUGCAUUUUAUAUAGAUUGCCUGGUUUGUACAUCUGAAGGAGAACUGUUUUCUUGUUGCUGAUUUCUGUGGCUGUAAACAAGUAAGCUAUUAUUCAUUCUUCUGAGAAGUGAAAGAGAACAAGGCUGUCUGUCUUUAGGAAGAAGCUCUCUUGUGGGGCAGAUAGCUAGACACUCACUAUAGCAUGUGUAAAUCAACACUGAGCACACUUCCUCAGGGUAUAUCUUGACAGAGAUUACUCACAUACAUACUAAAAUAAAAAUGGUAUAACUUUGUACAGUACCUUUCUAAAACAACUUUUAAGUGCUUGCUCACAGUCUUGAUGCUGCUGCUAUGAAUACAUGAGCUACCUAUGAAACUUCAUCUCUUGCUGAAAUAAAAUCCAACAAGCCAAAGUCCAACACCUUUAAUGCAGCAGUAUGUCUCUCUUCUGGGUGUUAUUUAUGGACACUGUAUACUACACUUAGACUUUGCUUCAGAAGCUAUAAAAGAUGGGAUAGACUGAUUCAGACAAGGAUGCACAAAUUCAGAUGUUAUAUUUGGAGAUGACUAGCUGCAAAGACUGGGAGAGAUGGCUUCAUCUGGUUAGCAGUUAUCUUGCACAUGGUUCCAAAAUUGAGGUAUCCAAUGGCAGAUUAACUGUAUGGAUUAGUCUCUUGAAGCAGUCAAGUAAUUGAGUGUUACCUUGAUUAUAUUACUUUCUCUUUUUCAGUGUUCACACAUUUUGUGGACAGGUGUUUUUGCAUUCUACUACAUAGAAAACUUCCUCCAGUUCUUAAAGAACUUAGUGAUUAAAUUUCUACUUUAGUUUCCAAACCAGAUGAAUAAAGUUUGCAAAAAGGUAUGAAGUUAUGGAAAGUGCUUAGAUCUCAAAUGGAAUUCUCAAAAAAUGUUGGAUGCUGUCAAAAAAAAAAGUUUAAACGCAGGUCAGAAAUCUCCAUAAGCUGAAAGUAGUUAAGUGAUACAUAUAGUAGAGUACGGGAACAAGAGCUGGAGCCAGCCACAUCUGCUUUUAGUGGAAUGAAAAGGAGAAGUAGGAAAAAAAAAAAAAAGGAAUGCCGGAAAAACUGAGGUUACUUAUUGUUGGUAGGCUGCUGAGUAAGAUGCCAAGUUAACCAUUUUUUUGAGUUGUUAGAGAGCCUCAGUAAUAGCAACAUCUUAUUCAGGACUUCUAAUAUCACUUCUUGGGUUCUGUGAAAUACUGUUUUUGCUUCAUUAAAGAGAAUGCAACUAACUUUGAGCAGGCUUUCAGGCACAAUACUAACCUGCUUAAAAGUUUUAAUUAGAAUAUGGUAAUUUAUGAACUAUAUAUAUUUCACUGACUUUGCUAAUCUUAGUCUGCAUCACAUUCUAGGAUUUUUUUCUUGAGAAGUUGGGAAGUACAUCAUGCUACUAGGAUAACUUUUACUACACUUGUGUCAGGGAGUUGCAGAUAAUGACCAGCAGAAUUGAGCAGAAUAAGAAGAUGAUUUUGAGAGUUGAAGAGAAUAUGGACUGUUUAUUGUCUUGAGAUCUUGUCUCACUUGAAAAGUGAGAGUCCGUGAAAAAUUCAACAUUAUGACAAACUAUUAUUCUGCCCAAGAUAACAGACAGUAGUUUGGCUCAUAUAAAUUUUUACUGUAAUAUGAUUAAAAUGAUAAAUCUCUCUACUUCUAAAAUGAAAACUUAUUUCAAGCUGAUCUCUCUAGUCUUAUUUUAAGACUUAGGUUUGCUUAACUUGGCCAAAGCCUUAAAUUGAUUGCCAUGUUGUAGAGCCAUAAACUAAACUUUGAUUGUUGGGAGGAGCAGCAUAUUUGUUCAUAUUCUACUGGCCAGUUUUGAUCUUAGAUUAUUUAUUCAAUACCAAAACCAACUAUUUUUUCAGUCUAUUUCCACUGCUUUUUGCACUCAGGCAAAUAAACAUACAUUUGAUGUAGCUGCAGGGUCACUGUUAAAAGAGGGCUCCUCUUUUCCUGCUUCUUGUCUGCAUUAAUCCUUGGUGCUAAAUUACUCCUACAGGAAACUGGGUGCUGUGCAAGAAAGGAAGUGCACGUUCUCUCCUUGCUUCUCUAGCUCCUCUAGACAGUGAUAGGCACAACAGCAGUAAUACCCAGUUUGUCUCAGUUUGAUAACCUUUUUUUUCCUCAAGAGCAGCUUUUCUUACAUCUUGGCAAAUACGUUUUUUUCGGUGUCCCUUCAAGGAGUUUUAAUUCUUUAUUGUAGGUUACCCCAAAGAUGUUUAAUUUGAAAGCAUGACAAGGAAGGAUAAUGAAUAGCAAUUUUACAGCAGUCGUCCCUACAAUUGGCCAUAUCCCAUCUCCAAAACAGUGAAGAGACAGUAUUGAAAAUUUAAUGGUGAGUCCUUGCUAGCUCCUGAUUCUUGGAUAUUGGAGGUGGCUUACAAGAAAUCUCAGCUGAAAGUAUUCGAGAGAACAAAGACUACUUCCUCAUCAGAUGCAAAUGGUUGAUAUCCUGUGACAGAUCCAAACUCAUGUUUUUUUGAACUGUUGAAACUGUUAAAUUGCAGGCCCUUCUUCAAGUUAACCAUCACUUCAAAAAGUUAAGAAAUUUGGGACUUGCAGUGGAAGAGAACAAGUAGUUUCUUUUUCAGAAAAGGAGAGUUAAAACUGCCUAAUCAGGCUCUCUUUAGUAAAAAGAGAAGAGAAAAACCACGUGAUACUUAAAUAUUUAAGUGCUGGCUAUUUGAUCAUGCAGGCAUUAUAAUGAUUGUCUUACUGGAUUUUCUCAUCAGAUAAGUUCAUUAAGCUUAUCAGUCUUACUCAAACAGAAAACACUAGCAGGGCAAAUCCAAUGCUGAAAAGGAUGCAGCAUUUUUAAAGUAGAGUAACUUAACAUUGUCAAAUAUUGUAGGAAUAAUCUAUUUGGCAUUUGUGGAUAAAAGAAAUUUUGUAAAAAUAUACAAAAAAAUACCUUGUACAGACUUCACGAAUGUUAACUUUCCUAGUGCAUUUCUGCAGCUGGAGUUCUUAAAUACAUCUUGAUAUAUUUUAUAUACCAGUGCAUUUACAGGAAAAUAGUCCUGUGAUAAAUUAAUGCCAAAUGGUCAAUCAACUAUAAAAACAAGGAUUCUGUUGUCAUGACUGCUGGUUUAUCAAUGCCUAAUAUUAAAAGUGAAAAUGCAUGGAAAUUGACCAGUAGGGGAGAAAAAGUGUACUGAA